GGAAGAGACGUCACGUUGCUAUAUUAUAUUAUUGUGCGUUUGCUAUAGUUCACCCGCUACCCGUCUGCUUUAGACGAAGCACGAAAGCUCCCCUAUAACCUUCAGAGGAAUUAAAUAUGCCGUGUGGCAAAAACUUUAGGCGGAGAAGGGACUCGUCGGAUGUGGAGGAGGAUGAGACGACUAAAGAAGUCAGAUCAAAACUAGAAGAGGCUAAAGAGCUACAGAGUUUGCGGAAACGACAAACCGGAGUCAAUGUGACCGCCCUAUUGGUUGGGGAUUUACUUCCACCAGAGGAUGAAACUGAUAAUGACCCUUUCAAACUGAAGACCGGAGGAGUUGUAGACAUGAAGAAAGCCAAAGACCGAAAUAGAGACAUGACAGAAGAGGAGACGGACCUGAACCUGGGCACUUCCUUUUCUGCUGAAACUAACAGAAGAGAUGAGGAUGCAGACAUGAUGAAAUAUAUUGAGACAGAGCUGAAAAAGAAGAAGGGAUUAGUGGAAGCCGUGGAACAGAAAGUUAAGGUGAAAAAUGCAGAAGACCACCUGUAUGAGCUGCCUGAGAGCAUCAGAGUCAAUUCCGCCAAGAAGACCGAGGAGAUGUUGUCCAAUCAGAUGCUCAGUGGGAUCCCUGAAGUCGAUCUUGGCAUUGAUGCAAAAAUCAAGAACAUUAUCCAGACAGAGGAUGCAAAAGCCAAGCUGCUGGCAGAACAAAGGAACAAGAAAAAAGACCAAGGCACAUCAUUUGUACCCACCAACAUUGCCGUCAACUACGUCCAACACAACCGCUUCUAUCGUGAGGAUGUAAACGCACCACAGAGGCACCAAAGACACAGAGAAGAGCCCAAAGCAAGGCCGCUGCGUGUGGGAGACACUGAGAAACCGGGCCCAGAGGUUUCCUCACCAGCCAACUUCCGCAAACGUCCAAACAACGAGAAGGCCACUGAUGACUAUCAUUAUGAGAAGUUUAAGAAGAUGAAUCGCCGAUAUUGAGGAGCCGGAUGCUUUAAAGAAUAAUUUACUCAACCGUAAAUCCAUCGUAAUAAAGAUUGAAGCCUCCACAUGAGCCAUAAAUAC